AUGAAUGAUAAUAAGAGGAAGCGCAGGAAGAAGGAUAGUUCAAGCGUGCCAGAGUUUGAAGAUGCUAAUGGUGAGAACAAUCAAUUCCAAGAGCAGAAACCUGGUGGGGUCAAGACUAAGGAUUUGAAGGAGAUUAUAACUUCCUUGAUAUUGCUUGAGGAGCAAGAAAAGAAGGAUCAGGACGAAUUCGCCAAGGAAGAAGAGCAAGAGAAGCUCUUUUUUGAAUCCAAUCACCAGAAGAAAGAAAGGGCCAUGUUGGAUUAUUACUCUCAGUUGCAGGAUUAUCACAGAGAAGCAGAUCUUAAAGAAGGGAUCAGGAAGAGGAAGGGGAGGGCUAAUACUGCUGCUGCAGCUGCCACAACCCUUGCCGCUGCUGUUGUUGAUGCGGCAGAACACGAUGCCGGUUCAGGGAAUAGCGGUGGAGGCGAACAGGGAGAUAAGGGCGCUAAAGGGGCGCCACAGAGGCGUUUGUGGGUGAAGGAUAGAUCAAAGGCGUGGUGGGAUCAAUGCAACAGUGCUGAAUUUCCUGAAGAAGAGUUCAAGAAGGCGUUUCGAAUGGGGAAGGACACGUUUGAAAUGAUUUGCAAUGAAUUGACGUCGGUGGUGGCGAAGGAGAACACUAUGCUGAGGGAUGCUGUCCCGGUAAGGCAGCGAGUUGCUGUUUGUAUCUGGAGAUUGGCCACUGGGGAGCCACUUAGGCUUGUUUCAAAGAGGUUUGGAUUGGGGAUAUCAACAUGUCAUAAGCUGGUGCUUGAGGUUUGCUCUGCUAUUAGGACAGUUUUGAUGCCUAGGUAUCUUCAAUGGCCGGAUGAGGAGUCAGCCAGGAGGAUUCAGGAUGAGUAUGAAUCCUUAUCAGGCAUUCCUAAUGUUGUUGGAUCAAUGUAUACUACUCAUAUACCGAUAAUUGCGCCCAAGAUUAGUGUUGCUGCGUAUUUUAACAAGAGGCACACUGAGAGGAAUCAAAAGACUUCGUAUUCAAUUACUGUGCAGGGUGUUGUUAAUCCGAAAGGGGUGUUCACAGAUGUAUGCAUUGGCUGGCCAGGUUCAAUGCCUGAUGAUCAAGUUCUGGAGAAAUCCGCUCUUUUCCAGAGGGCUAAUCAAGGGCUGCUCAAUGGUGUUUGGAUUGGUGGAGGUUCUGGAUACCCUUUGAUGGAUUGGGUAUUGGUGCCUUACACACAGCAGCAUUUGACUUGGACUCAGCAUGCGUUCAAUGAGAAAAUCGGGGAUGUUCAAAGGAUAUCGAAAGAUGCAUUCGCAAGAUUGAAAGGAAGAUGGUCUUGUUUGCAGAAAAGGACAGAAGUGAAACUUCAGGAUUUGCCAGUAGUGCUGGGUGCGUGCUGUGUUCUGCAUAAUAUUUGUGAAAUUAGGAAUGAGGAAAUGGAUCCAGAACUCAAGUUCGAUCUCUAUGAUGAUGAAAUGAUCCCCGAGAUGCCGUUGAGGUCAGUGAACGCGAUGAAAGCAAGGGAUGCUAUUGCCCACAAUCUUCUCCACCAUAAUCAUGCAGGCACCUCUUUCCUUUCAUAG